AUGGAGCCAACGGCGGCCCUGAACGAGAGCUCGGCUGCGGUCCCCUGGCUGCCCGCCCGCGCCGGCAACGCCUCGCUGGAACUGGCGUCGCGGCCCCCCGCGCCCACCGCCAUCAACCCCUGGGACGUGAUGCUGUGCGUCUCCGGCACCGCCAUCGCCUGCGAGAAUGCCAUCGUGGUGGCCAUCAUCUGCUACUCGCCCACCCUGCGCACCCCCAUGUUUGUGCUCAUCGGGAGCCUGGCCACUGCCGACCUGCUGGCCGGGAUCGGCCUCAUCCUCAACUUUGUUUUCCAGUACGUGAUCCGUUCCGAGACAGUCAGCCUCCUCACCGUGGGCUUCCUCGUUGCCUCUUUCACCGCCUCUGUGAGUAGCUUGCUGGCCAUCACGGUCGACCGUUACCUCUCUCUCUACAAUGCUCUCACCUACUACUCAGAGAGGACGGUGCUGUGCAUCCACACUAUGCUGGUGUGCACCUGGGGGGUCUCCCUCUGCUUGGGGCUGCUGCCAGUCCUGGGCUGGAACUGCCUCCAUGACCAUGCUGCCUGUAGCAUUGUCAAACCCUUGACCAAGAGCAACGUGACUCUGCUGUCUGCCUCUUUCUUUCUCAUUUUUAUCAUCAUGCUCCAUCUCUACAUUGAAAUCUGUAAAAUAGUUUGCAGACAUGCCCAUCAGAUAGCUCUCCAGCAACAUUUUCUGACUGCAUCACACUAUGUUGCUACCAAAAAGGGAGUGUCUACUCUUGCUAUAAUUCUCGGGACUUUUGGAGCAAGCUGGCUACCUUUUGCCAUCUACUGUGUGGUUGGGGAUCCCAACUACCCUUCUGUGUACACUUAUGCCACGCUUCUACCUGCUACCUACAACUCCAUGAUCAAUCCUAUUAUUUACGCCUACAGAAACCAAGAAAUUCAGAGGUCCAUGUGGGUUCUCUUCUGUGGCUGCUUUCAGUCUAAAGUGUCCUUUCGCUCCCGGUCCCCUAGCGAUGUCUGA